AUGGCAACACGACAAUCCCAAACUUCCUUUUACAUGAGGGAGCUCCCAAAAGAGCACCUCAUAGGCUAUGAUACACCCGAGGGGAAACGCCUAUUUGCCAAGGCAUUAGCGGAAGGUGGAUUAGAGGCUUUUUUUCCACUCUCACAACAAUUUCUUACAGUAUACUGUGGAAUUGGAACUCUAUGCAUGAUUCUCAACGCUCUGAAGGUUGACCCAACCGUUACCUGGAGAAAGCCAUGGAGAUGGUUCACCCAAGAGAUGCUUGACUGCUGUCAACCCUUGGAAGUCGUUAAAGAGAAAGGAAUAACGCUAGCUGAAUUCUCCUGCCUGGCGAAGUGCAAUGGUCUCGAGGCGGUCACUCGUUUCGCGGACUCCACGUCGUUCGAAGCUUUCCACCAGGCUGUGAAAGUCUGCACAUUCUCUGCAGACCAGUUAAUGGCGGUGUCUUACUCAAGAGCGUCUCUUGGCCAAACCGGUCUGGGUCAUUUCUCGCCUGUUGGCGGGUAUACUUCUGAGAAUGGCGGGAUGGUCUUGAUAUUGGACGUUGCACGUUUCAAGUACCCGUCUUACUGGGUCCCCAUCAGGAUGCUUUUCGAAGCGCUGAUACCAAAAGAUCCUGUGACCAACCAACCGAGAGGCUACUCCAUGCUCCGCCGACACCACACCGACGUAUUCAGUCCCAACCCCAUCGGCUCCCUCCUCCGCCUAAACGCAACAAAAUCCACUUGGCCACCCUUAUUCAAACCCUUCUACAUAGCCGCCCAAUCUUCCCACACCUACACCUCCCUCCUCCAAACUCUAACCCAUCUCCUCUCUGGGAUCCCCACCCCCGUAACCUCCCGCUCUCCCGAAGACCCUCCAAAUGCUCCCCCAACCCUCCAGUGCGGCAGCGCACCGGCCCUCCUUGCCAACAUCGAGAACAAACUCAUCUACGAGCGCCACAUAGACUCCUUCCUUGCUCACCUUGAAGCUAAGAGCUCUAUGUAUGCUGGGUUGGACGGGGAAUUUACUCGGAUGGAGAAGACCGUGUUUCUGCUGAGCUUGUUUGGCAUGCAGGCCUUCUUGGGAGUGCUUGCGCCCCCGGUUAAAAAGGCGGUGCUUGAGGCGGCCGGGAAGGAUCUGGAGGACGAGUGGGUUCGUAGGGAGGUUAUGGCCGUUAGGAGGCAAAUGGAGAGUGUCGAGAAGUGCUGUUGGGAGGAGAAGGAGUGUUCUUGUGCUGCUGCUGCUGCUGGGGCUGUUGCUCCAAGGUAA